GUUGUUUGCUCCAAGGCCUGGUCCCGAUCUUUCCAUCUUCCCGCCGCUUGACCGCCGACAGGGCGUUCGUUAUGUCCACCACUACAGAUAUACUGUUCAACUCACCGGCCCUUCACUCUCUCAAACGCGAUCAACUUGUCAAGCUUUGCAAAAUCCACUCCAUCAAAGCCAAUGGCAAGAACGUCGAGCUUGUCGAGCGACUCCAACAUCACGCCAAGACGCUGCCCAAGAACGACCCGCUGAGUGUCGCCUUCAGAAGCGAGCAGGAUGGUGACGACGUGAACAUGACGGACGUAGAAGAUGAGGAGACAGAGCCGAAAGAAGACGAAGGAGAGGAUAAGACGUGGAAUCCCCGUCCAAGCUCCCAAUGGGAGCUUAUCAUGGAAAGCAUUACCGAGGAGUCCGAAGGAUCCUCUCAAGGAACACUUUCGUCGCAGAAAAGUGGCAGCACCACGUUAGCUGGAGAAUUCGGCUCGGGAAGCACGAGCUCUAAAUCGGUUGGAUCAUCUAUAAGAGCGUUGGCAUCAUCUUUGGGCUUGAAACGAAAUGCCACCAGCGCCAGCACCUCAUCGCGCGCCUUAGAUACCGUCUCGUCGAAAGCGUCUUCUUCCAUCCUCUCGUCAUUCCCGCUUCCCCCGGACACGGACGAGCUUUCGAAAACGUCUAUUCCUUACGAUUCUCUUCCCCCGCCAGCUAUGGACAGCCUACAAACCGACCAUUUCACCUUCGACACCUCCGACCCGGCCGUAGUCGCAGCCAAUCUGAACCCGCUGCUAGGCACUGCGCCACUCCCCGGCCACACCCUUCGUCCCGGCGCCCCUGCACCACUCAAUGCGCGCCUGAGCCUGGGGUUGGCACCGCGGACACCGAGCAAACGGGGUCCGACCACCACUAUCCGACUCGUGUCUUUCGACAACGGAAACGGAAACAGCAGCGUUUUUUCGGACAUGCCACCGCCUGGCGAUACGCCCCGACUCAAGCCAUUCCACACUACAUUCGACCUGGAUAUGGGCAGUCCAACGGCGACCUCGGCAUUCCCUGCAUCCAUCUAUCCUGCUCUUCCGGUUUCGCCACCGGUGGAUGAAUCAGAACGGCGGAUGAGUCUUGAAGUCAGCCUGAGAGGCGCACAGGAGGACGAUGACCGGAGCAUCGCUAUGCCUGGGGGUUUCGGUGACGAGGACAUCGCUAUGCCCGGAGGUUCAGCAUCUCCAGCUCCACCAUUUGUGUUUGGCACGCCUUCUCCGUCGCCGGCGACUCCGUUCGUUUUCAAACUUGCUGAGACAGAUGCUGCCACCGAAACCGCACUGGCAGCAGAGGUGAUGGCAGAGAUGAAUCUUCGGGCCGGGGCAACAUCUGUUCCUUCGCAAGAGAUUCGACCGCUUCCUGGCAGCGCGAGAAGAUCGCUCGGGUGUACGGUGUCUAAGCCGGCCGGUCGCUUUGACAAGGCUCACGAGCAGGUGUUUGGAAAAAUGGAGAGUAUCGUGGACUCUGAGGCUCGGCGGCAGCAGCAACUGAAGCGCAAGUCGAGCGCAGCGAAUGUUCGACCGGAGGAAGAUGAUCAGAACCGAGGGAAGCGGGUGCGAGUGGAUGAGGUUGGGAAUGGAAAACAAGCUGAGAGUGACGAUGCGCGUAAGAGGAGACGCGAAAGUGAGGCUGCGCGAAAGAAGAUUGAAGCAACCAGGGCACGGAGAAGGAGCAGUGUCGCUAGAGGCAGUGCUGUGAAACCCAAGGCCAAGCCGGGGCGAUUUGGAUUCCUCGCAGGUGCUGCAAAACUAGUCCAAGGAGUAUGGGGCAAGAAAGCUACAAUUGCUCCUGAGCCGAAACCGAAGCCAGCGCCUGUCCUGAAGAAACCUGCUCUACCGGUGGUGACAAAGGCCUCUGCUGUUCCCAGUCUACGUGCUCCGUCAGUUCGCAGCGUUUCCAGCACAGUCUCUCGGGCUCCAAUUCCUGCCGCAUUUGUUGGGACUUCGUCGUCCAAGGCCCCUUCGUCCAGUGCCUCGUCGAUCCGGCAGUCCGGUACGAUGUCAUCGAUGGGUUCGCGUCCAACAACUUCUCGGCCUGGAUCUAUGGGGACGCGAACGAGUGUGACGUCGUCGUCCACCAAAAGCGUGAAUCGUCUGUCCAGUUCGUCUCGGCUUCUGGCUCCUACUGCCAGCUCCCUGGCAAAGAUGCACAAUGCACCACCAUCCCUGUCGAAGACCCCCAGUGCACUGCCUUCGGUCCACGAAAAGCCUGUGCUCGACCCGAUUACCAACAGCACCGGAGAACCCCGCAGCAAGGGCAAACUGGUUCCUGCUCGCAAGCCCCGGAUUUCACGAUCACGUGUCAUUGCCAAACUGGCGUCGCAGCGCGUCGCGUCGGGUUCUUCCGUCGCCACGAGUAGCACUGUCGUACGAAAGAGUCUCGGUGCUGGGAAUGGUCGCGCCCGGUCGAGUCUUGGGGUCAAGGCCCAGCGUGGUAGCAUGGGUGUGAUGAAGAACAACGGCAACGGCCCACUGCUGGAUGCCAAGAAGCGCGCCAGACAGAGCGAAUACUACGCUCGCAGGAAGAGCAAGCAGCUUGAAGCAACCAAGGUUGACUCUUGAUUGAUCCAUCUUGAUGUGUUGAUAUACUCGAUUUAUUUCUGCUAUCGUUUUGUCUCGUGUAAUCUGUAUAACAAUUUUGAAUGACAAUCGCUCAAUUGGGGGAACGAGCAGGAACGAGCAGGAAGACUGCUCCCCACGUACUUGGUGGCUCCUGCCUGCAGCGAGCUCUCAGUUCCAGUGCGCUAGGGAGCGCAGCAGCCGAUCUGCGCUCUGCUCUUGAAGCUGUGGAAGGAGGCACGACAGCGACGACUUCAAUCUGUCCUUCAGCUCAUUCUCUCAUACCGCUUUGUGUGUGGGCAUUUUUUUCUCUCACACGUCUGCUCUGAGUGGGUCUUUG